AUGGACACGGCGAUCGUUCUGGAAGACUUCGGUCAGAAAGUGGAUUUGACGCGCAGGAUCAGAGAGGUUCUUGUGAACUACCCGGAGGGCACUACCGUUCUCAAGGAGCUCAUUCAGAACGCAGACGAUGCAGGUGCCACCACUGUCCGCCUCUGCCUUGACCGGAGGAGGCACGGUGUUGACUCCCUACUGUCUAAUAGCCUCGCCCAGUGGCAGGGCCCCGCACUAUUGGCCUACAACGACGCUGUUUUCACCGAGGAAGAUUUCGUCAGUAUUUCCCGGAUUGGCGGCAGCUCUAAGCAGGACAAAGCUUGGAAAACGGGCCGCUUUGGGGUGGGCUUCAACUCGGUAUACCAUUUGACCGACUUACCUUCGUUUGUGAGCGGCAACCAUGUUGUUCUAUUUGAUCCUCAAGGUGUUUAUCUUCCAAACAUCUCGUCUGCUAAUCCUGGGAAGCGAAUAGAGUAUGUUAGUUCCUCAGCCAUUUCAGUAUACGAAGAUCAAUUCUUUCCGUAUUGUGCUUUUGGUUGUGACAUGAAAAGCACUUUCCCUGGAACUUUAUUUCGUUUUCCUUUGAGGAAUGCUGAUCAGGCUGCGAACAGUAUGCUUUCAAAGCAAACCUAUGUUGAAGAUGAUGUAUCUUCUAUGUUUGUUCAGCUAUAUGAGGAAGGAGUUCUCUCUCUACUUUUUCUUAAGUGUGUAUUAUCCAUAGAAAUGUAUGUGUGGGAUGUAGGGAUGCCUGAGCCAAAGAAGAUGUAUUCCUGCUCUAUUAGUUCCGCAAAUGAUGAUGUAUUGUGUCAUCGCAAGGUACUUCAGAGACUUUCUAAAUUGGAAUGUGCUUCUGACUGCAAGAUGGGUGCCUUCUCACUGGACUUCUUGAGUGAGGCUGGGAUUGAAAAUGUUUCACAAGUACAGACCCAUACGUUUUAUGUAGUGCAAAUGAUGGCUUCACUGAGCAGUAGAAUUGGUGCUUUUGCAGCUACAGCAGCAAAGGAUUAUGGCAUGCAUCUCCUGCCUUGGGCAUCAGUUGCAGCCUGCAUAUCUGAUGAUUCCGUUAAGGAUGAUGUUCUCACGCUUGGACGUGCAUUCUGUUUUCUCCCAUUGCCUGUAAAAACUGGAUUCAGAGUUCAAAUUAAUGGAUACUUUGAGGUUUCUUCAAAUCGUCGUGGCAUUUGGUAUGGUGAUGACAUGGAUAGAACUGGAAAAAUUCGUUCCAUCUGGAACAGGUUGCUCCUGGAAGAUGUUGUAGCACCUAGUUUUGCUAAAUUACUGCUCGACACACGGCAACUUCUAUCUUCAACAAAAAAAUAUUAUUCUUUGUGGCCUAUUGGUUCAUUUGAAGAGCCCUGGAAAUUUUUGGUCGAACAUAUUUACAAGAGCAUCUGUGAUUGCCCUGUCUUAUAUUCAGACAUUGAUGGUGGAAAGUGGAUUUCUCCCGAGGAAGCAUUUCUUCAUGACAUGGAGAUAUGUGGAAGUAAGGACAUUAAAGAUGUUCUUGUCCAACUUGGAAUGCCUAUUGUUCCUUUGCCGAGUGACUUAUUUAGUAUGAUCUUAAAUUGCAAAUCUGUCAGGCAUAAAAAAGUUGUUACUCCUGAUUCUGUGCGUCAUUAUUUGAGAGAUUUCAGAAAUUUAAGUGCAGUUGGUAGACCCCAUAAGUUCAUGCUGUUGGAAUAUUGCCUUGAGGACUUGAUAGAUGCAGAUGUCAGCAUUCAUGCAUCUCACCUGUGUUUGCUUCCAUUGGCAAAUGGUGAUUUUGGUUCAUUUUCUGGACGCGCUGAAGGAAUCACUUAUUAUAUUUGCAAUGAUCUGGAAUAUGGUCUUCUGCAACGAAUUUCAAAUAGACUAAUUGAUAGGAGCAUUCCUGUAAAUCUACUAGGCAGAUUGACAUCAAUAGCAAAUGCCUCAGGAGCAAACCUAGUCGUUUUUACUGUAAAUGAGUUCACUCAAUUAUUUUCCAAUUUUUUUCCAGCAGAAUGGAAAUAUCAGACUAUGGUGUUAUGGAAUCCAACUUCAAAUUCUAUGCAUCCUACUUCAUCUUGGUUUUUACUUUUUUGGCGUUAUCUUUUGGAGCAAUGUCAGGAUUUAUCUCUUUUUGGAGAUUGGCCCAUAAUACCAUCCACAAGUGGUCAUUUGUAUAGGCCUUCUAGGCAGACCAAAUUGCUAAAUGUGGGCAAAUUAACCGAGAGAAUGCAGUGUAUCCUUGGUAAGAUAGGUUGCAAGAUGCUAAACAACAAUUAUUGUGUUGAACACCCUGAUUUAAUUAAUUUCGUGCAUGAUUCUGAUGCUUCUGGUGUUUUGAAUUCAAUCUUUGAUGUGUCUUCCAGUGAUAGUAUUGCUCAGCUUCUUCAGCCUCUAGAAGCAAAUGAAAGAGAUGAUCUUCGUCGAUUUAUUCUAAAUCCGGCAUGGUUUCUAGGAAUGCAAAUGGACGAUUCUCAUAUUCAGAAUAGCAAGUGGCUUCCAAUAUAUAAAGUGUAUGAUGGCGAAUCUACUGAGAAUAUCAAUUAUUCUGAUUUGGUAAACCCUCGUAAAUUCUUACCCCCAUUUGGCUGCCCAAAGUGUUUAUUUUCUAGCGAAUUCAUCCGUGAUUUGUCAAACACUGAGGAAGAGUUGCUAUUGAGAUAUUAUGGUAUUGAGCGGAUGAAGAAGACACAGUUCUACAAGCUGCAUGUGUUUAAUAGGAUAAAGCACUUGGAAUCUGAUGUUCGCAACAUGGUCUUGCUUUCAGUUCUACAAGAACUACCACAAUUAUGUUUGGAGAAUGCUUCGUUUAUGGAAUCCUUGAGAAACUUGGAAUUUGUCCUCACCGUUAGUGGCACACUGAAGAGUCCGAAAGAGCUAUAUGAUCCUAGAAAUGAGGAAUUAUAUGCCUUACUUGAAGAUUGUGAUAGUUUUCCAUCUGGGAUCUUCCAGGAAUCCAGUGUCUUAGACAUGUUACUAGGUUUGGGCCUCAAGACAACUGUAUCUAUUGAUGCAGUCAUACAAAGUGCUCGUCAUGUGGAACACUUAAUGCAUGAAAAUCAGGAAAAAGCUCAUUCAAGAGGUACAAUACUUCUGUCAUAUCUGGAGGUAAAUGCAUUAAAGUGGCUGCCUGAUUCACCAAAAGAUGAACAAAGAAUGCUGAAUAGGAUGUUCUCCAGAGUUCCAAAUGCAUUUAAAUCCCGUCAUUUCAAAUCAGACUUGGAAAAGUUCUGGAAUGAGCUCAGGCUGAUUUCAUGGUGCCCGGUCCUUGUCUCUCCUCCACACACAUCAUUACCAUGGCCCAUGGUCUCAUCAUUGGUUGCUCCUCCUAAGCUUGUUAGGCUAUCCUCGGAUGCAUGGCUUGUUUCUGCAAGUAUGCGGAUACUGGAUGGAGAAUGCUCUUCAUCAGCUUUAUCCCAUCAACUUGGCUGGUCUAACCCACCAGGAGGAAGUGUAAUUGCCGCACAGUUGCUUGAGCUUGGGAAAAACAAUGAGAUUGUUUUCGAUCCCGUUCUCCGGCAGGAACUAGCUUUGGCAAUGCCCAGAAUAUAUGCGAUCUUAAUGGCAUUGCUGGGUUCAGAUGAAAUUGAUAUUGUAAAGGCUGUUCUAGAAGGUUGCCGGUGGAUAUGGGUGGGAGAUGGAUUUUCCACCUCGAAUGAAGUUGUCCUUCAAGGUUCUCUUCAUUUGGCUCCCUACAUACGCAUCAUACCUGUUGAUUUAGCUGCAUUCAGUGACUUAUUUUUGGAGCUAGGUGUUCGGGAAUACUUGCGGCCGUCUGAUUAUGCAGGAAUAUUAUAUAGAAUGGCCACCAAGAAGGGUACUGUUCCUCUGGACCCUCAGGAAAUAAGUGCAGCUACAUUAAUUGCACAACACCUCGCUGAAGCUCGCAUUUUUGAAGACAAAACCGACAUAUACCUUCCAGAUGUAUCAGGGAGACUACUUAAGGCGACAGAUUUAGUCUACAAUGAUGCACCAUGGUUGCUUGAUGCUGAAGGUUCUGAUAAUUUAUUUGGAAAUGCAGCUCUAUCUUGGGGUGCUAAACAGGCUGUUCAUAAAUUUGUUCAUGGAAAUAUUUCUCAUGAUAUUGCUGAAAAGCUUGGGGUACGCUCCUUCAGAAGGAUUUUGCUUGCAGAGAGUGCUGAUUCGAUGAAUUUGAGUUUAUCUGGAGCUGCUGAGGCAUUUGGGCAGCAUGAAGCUUUGACAACCAGGCUUAGACAUAUACUUGAAAUGUAUGCUGAUGGGCCAGCAGUUCUUUUUGAGUUGGUGCAAAAUGCUGAGGAUGCAGGAGCUUCAAAUGUCACCUUCUUGUUGGAUAAAUCUCAUUAUGGGAGUUCCUCUCUUCUUUCACCUGAAAUGGGAGAAUGGCAGGGCCCAGCUUUGUAUUGUUUUAACGACUCUGUUUUCAGUUCACAUGAUCUCUAUGCUAUUUCCCGCAUAGGCCAGGAGAGUAAACUAGAGAAGCCAUUUGCAAUUGGAAGAUUUGGGCUUGGAUUUAAUUGUGUUUAUCACUUUACUGAUAUUCCAACUUUUGUUUCAGGAGAAAAUAUAGUCAUGUUUGAUCCUCAUGCCUGUAAUUUGCCUGGAGUUUCACCGAGCCACCCCGGUCUCCGGAUUAAAUUUUUGGGGAAAAAGAUUUUGGAACAGUUUCCUGAUCAGUUUUCGCCAUUUUUACAUUUUGGAUGUGAUCUACAAAAUCCAUUUCCUGGCACUCUCUUCCGUUUUGCCCUUAGGACUGAUAAUGCUGCCUCUAGAAGCCAAAUAAAGAGAGAAGCGUAUUCACCGGCUGAUGUACUGUCAUUGUUUACUUCCUUUUCCGAGGCGGUUUCUACAACUCUACUCUUUCUGCGUAAUGUAAAGACUAUAUCUAUUUUUGUGAAAGAAGGGCCUAAUACCAAAAUGAAAUUGAUACACCGUGUUUGCAAGGAUUGUGUUACUGAGCCUGAACUUAUAAAGGGUCCAUUUCAUGACAUCUUUAGUUCUAUGUUUGAGAACCAAGUUGAUAGGUUGAGUAAGGAUCAGUUCCUUGACAAGCUGAGCAAAUCCAUCCAUGCAGAUAUACCUUGGAAGUCUCAGAAGCUUUUGGUGUCUGAGCAGAACCAAUCCGAUUGUAGGUCAUAUUUGUGGUUAACAAGCGAAUGCCUUGCUGGUUUCAAACGGACUAAUAAAUUCGCAUCCUUUGACAAGAAGUUUUGCAAGUUUGUUCCUUGGGCCUGUGUAGCUACACCUAUCAACUCUAUUGAGAUAAAGAAAAAAGAAUUGUCUGAGGAAAUUAUGGAUGAGAAUUAUCCCAGUACUGCUGAAGUUGUUGACCAACUCUUAGCUUCUACUCGAGGCAAAUCUUACUUUGAGGGUCGUGCUUUUUGCUUUUUACCUCUUCCCAUAAGUACUGGUCUCCCGGUUCACAUAAAUGCGUACUUUGAGUUGUCAUCAAACCGAAGGGAUAUAUGGUUUGGUGAUGACAUGACAGGGGAUGGGAAAAUGCGGUCGGACUGGAACAUGUACCUGCUUGAAGAAGUUGUUGCACCUGCUUAUGCUCAUCUCCUUGAGACAGCUGGACUGGAAUUUGGCCCUAGCGAUUUAUUCUUUUCCUUUUGGCCUACAACAACAGGAUUUUGUGAACCUUGGACCUCACUGGUGCGUAAGCUCUACCAAUAUAUUUCCGAGGGUGGUCUACAUGUGUUGUACACAAAAACCCGAGGAGGACAGUGGAUUUCGACCAAGCAAGCCAUACUUCCAGAUCACAGUUUCGCCAACUCUUGGGAACUUUCGGAAGCACUAUCUGAUGCUGGUUUACCUCUGGCCAGUGUACCAAAGGAGAUUGUUGACAAAUUUAUGGAAUUCUGUCCGUCGCUCCACUUUCUUACUCCUCAUUUACUACGAACCCUCUUGAUCAGGAGGAAGCGCGAAUUCAGAGAUCGAAAUGCAAUGAUUUUAACCCUUGAAUAUUGCUUCCUUGAUCUUCCAAAUCCAGUUCAAUCCAAAAGUUACUUUGGAUUACCUUUGAUCCCACUUUCAAGUGGUGCAUUUGCAAAACUAGAAGAGAGAGGGUUUGGUGAACAAAUUUAUGUCACGAGGGGAGAUGGAUACGACCUCCUAAAGGAUUCAAUUUCUCAUCUCUUGGUAGACUGUGAGGUUUCCGACCAUCUUCACCAUAAGUUUUGUGCUCUGGCUGAUAGCGGAGAUUUCAAUUUAUAUUUUCUGACAUGUCAACUUCUCAAAAAAAUACUUGUAAGGCUAAUUCCGGUUGAUUGGCAUCAUGCGAAACAGGUGGUUUGGGUUCCUGGCUUUCAAGGUCAUCCCACUUUGGAAUGGGUAAGACUGUUAUGGAGUUAUCUGAGAUCAUCUUGCAGUGAUCUUUCACUGUUUUCUGACUGGCCGAUUUUGCCAGUUGAACAUAAUCUUCUCAUUCAACUUGUUGAGAAUUCUAAUGUAAUCAGAGAUGGCGGAUGGAGUGAAAACAUGUUGACAAUGUUGCAAAGAGCAGGAUGUCAAAUACUAAGGCGUGAUAUCCCAAUUGAACAUGAACAGCUGCAUCUUUAUGUGCAGCCCUCAACAGCAAUAGGUAUUCUGAAUGCAUUGCUAGCAGUUGCCGGUAAGCCAGAUGAAAUUGAGGAGCUCUUUGGUGAUUCUACGGAUGGGGGGUUACAUGAACUUAGAAGUUUUAUUCUCCAAUCAAAGUGGUUUUCUGAUGGUUCAAUGGGCAGUACUCAUGUCAGCAUAAUUAAGCAUAUUCCGAUGUUUGCGGCAUAUAAGAGUAGAAGACUCGUAUCUUUAAGUACUCUCAAAUGGCUUAAACCAGAGUCCAUACCUGAUGAUCUGUUAAAUGAUGAUUUUGUGAAACUGGACUCGGAGAAAGAAAGAAUAAUACUGGAAGAAUUUGUAGGUCUUAAAGAACCAUCGAAGGUGGAUUUCUACAAAGAUUAUGUACUCCAUCGAAUGUCGGAGUUCAUUUCUCAGGAGGGUUUUCUCUUGCGCAUUUUGCGUGAUAUUAGAUUCUUGAUUGAGGAGGAUAGCACUUGCAUAUCAGUUCUAUCAAGAACUCCAUUCAUUCAAACGUCAGAUGGAAUUUGGAAAGAGCCAUUCAGGCUUUAUGAUCCUCGUGUUCCUCAACUGAAAUUUUUUCUCCAUGAGGAGGCCUUUUUCCCAUCAAAGGAGUUCUCUGACCCUGAUAUCCUGGAAACAUUAGUCACCCUUGGGCUUAAACAGACUUUGGGUGCUAUUGGUUUAUGCGAUUGUGCCAGAUCAGUUUCAAUGUUGUAUGAAUCAGGGAAUUCUGAUGCAUUAAUACUUGCAGGGAGAUUGCUUUCUUGUUUGGAUGCCUUAUCAUUGAAAUUGCGUGCGGAAGAGGGAGAACGGUUUGCUGAUACUGAAUCUCUGGAAAAUCAACUUAAUGGAAAUGAAGAAAAGAAUCCUGUUUACGGUUCUCCAGACCUCAAUUCGAAUGCUUUGGACCUUGAUUCACUACUCAAUUACUUGGUUGAUGACACGAGGCGAGAAGGUUUUUGGUCAGAUCUGCAGUCCAUCAGCUGGUGUCUUGUAUAUUCUGAACCACCAGUUCAGGGGCUUCCAUGGUUAGGCUCAGGCCAUAAAAUAGCAGCACCAGUUACAACCAGACCGAAGUCACAGAUGUGGAUUGUUUCAUCCAAGUUUCAUAUAUUGAAUGGCGAAUGUUCUGAGUACCUGCAGCAAAAGCUUGGUUGGAUGGUUCCUCUGGAUGUGAACAUGUUGUUGACACAAUUAGUGGGGCUAUGCAAUGGUUAUAAUGAGAACAAGUUGCAUUAUGAUGAAGAACUGAAAAUUCAGAUACCAUGUAUCUAUUCGGAGUUGCAAAAUUUUGUUAACACUGAUCAUAUGUCCAUUUUUAAAUCUUCCUUGGAUGGUGUGAAAUGGGUUUGGAUUGGAGAUGAUUUUGUGGCCCCAGAUGUGCUUGCAUUUGAUUCACCUGUGAAAUAUAGCCCCUACUUAUAUGUGGUACCAUCUGAGUUAUCAUUGUUCCAAGAUUUGCUUUUGGCAUUGGGCGUCAGACGUAAUUUUGAUGUUUCUGACUAUCUGAAUGUUUUGAGAAGGUUGCAAAAUGAUGUAAAAUAUGGGACUUUAUCAACCGAUCAGUUAAAUUUUGUUCAAUGCGUCCUAGAGACCAUUUCAGAUAAAUGCAUGGAUGGGUCAGGACAAGAAAAUCUUACUGGACUUUUGAUUCCCGAUUCUUCUGGAGUGCUCACAGCUGCCGGUGAUCUUGUAUAUAAUGAUGCACCAUGGAUGGAGACCAAUGCUGUCAUUGGAAAACGUUUUGUGCAUUCCUCUAUUAGCUAUGACCUUGCAAGCAGAUUGGGAAUACAGUCUGUCCGGUCGCUUUCUUUAGUCAGUAAAGAGUUCACCAAAGAUUUUCCGUGCAUGGACUAUAACAAAAUAUCUGAGCUGCUGGAAUCACAUGGCGACUAUGAGUUUCUUCUCUUUGACUUGCUUGAAUUGGCUGAUUGUUGCAAAGCCAGAAAGCUUCACUUAAUCUUUGACAAGAGAGAACAUCCACGUCAGACUCUACUGCAACACAAUCUUGCUGAAUUUCAGGGGCCUGCUCUGGUGGCAGUUCUGGAGGGAACCAGCUUAAGUGGAGAUGAGAUUGCUAGCCUCCAGUUUCUUCCUCCAUGGAGUCUGAGGGGUGAUAAUCUCAACUAUGGCUUGGGAUUGCUAAGCUGUUUCUCCAUCAGUGAUCUGCCGUCAGUAAUAUCUGAUGGUUACUUGUAUAUUUUAGAUCCUCGUGGUGUAGCACUUGCCACACCUUCAACUCGUUCUCCUUGUGCUAAAGUUUUUCCUCUGAGAGGUACAAAUUUGAUGGCACACUUUUCUGAUCAGUUCAGUCCAAUGUUGAUUGAUGAAAAUAUGCCAUGGUCAUCAGCUGAUUCCAUGAUCAUCCGUAUGCCUCUUUCGUCAAAAUGCUUAGAUGGAGCUGCCAUUGGUUUGACUAGGAUGACACCAUUAUUUAACAAGUUCAUGGAGCAUGCUCCUAAUAUAAUACUAUAUUUGAAGUCAGUUCUGCAGGUGUCUCUGUCAACAUGGGAGGAUGGAAGCCUAGAACCCUGCCUAGAUUAUUCAGUUGAAGUUGAUCCUUUGUUUGCUGGCGUCAGAAACCCAUUUUCAGAAAAGAAGUGGAAGAAAUUUCAACUAUCCAGUAUAUUUGGCAACUCUGCUGCUGCCAUCAAAUUGCAUGUUUUGGACUUGAACUUGAGUAAGGCGGGAACUAGAUUUAUUGAUCGAUGGCUUGUUGCGCUCAGCAUGGGUUCUGGUCAAACUAGAAAUAUGGCACUAGAUAGGCGGUAUCUAGCUUACAACCUUACACCAGUUGCUGGAGUUGCUGCACAUAUAUCACGAAACGGUCAUCCUGCUGAAAAUCAUCCAUCAAACUCCAUCAUGUCCCCCCUACCUCUGUCAAGCAGUAUAAACAUGCCAGUAUCGGUGGUUGGAUGUUUCUUAGUGCGCCAUAAUCGGGGACGUUACCUUUUCAAGUACCAAGACGGGAAAGCUGGUCAGGAGGUUGAGAUUGAUGCUGGGAGCCAGUUGAUUGAAGCUUGGAAUAGAGAGUUGAUGUCCUGUGUUCGUGACUCUUAUAUUAAGUUGAUAUUUGAGAUGCAAAAGUUACAGAGAGAUCCUGUGACUUCUGUUGUGGAUCCAAAUUUACGCCGUUCCCUAUGUGUAGUUUUGAGCGCUUAUGGGGAUGAAAUAUACUCUUUUUGGCCUAGAUCGGACAGGAGAGCCCUGCCCAGGCAACCUACAAAUGACAACGAUCCAACUUCCGUGAUGCUUCUUGGAGCAGACUGGGAAUGCCUUAUUGAACAUGUUGUUAGGCCACUAUAUACUCGCCUUGUUGAGCUUCCUGUGUGGCAUUUAUAUUCUGGAAAAUUAGUUAAGGCUGCGGAUGGUAUGUUUCUUUCACAACCUGGAAUUGGAGUCGGGGACAACUUGCUACCAGCUACUGUUUGUGAUUUUGUCAAGGAACAUUAUCCUGUUUUUUCAGUCCCGUGGGAACUGGUUACUGAAAUUCAAGCUGUGGGCAUUACUGUAAGAGAAAUCAAACCUAAGAUGGUUCGAGAUCUUCUUCGGGCUUCAUCGCCAUCUUUGGGUAGCUGGUCAAUUGAUACCUAUGUGGAUGUCCUUGAGUACUGCUUAUCUGAUAUCCAACUUCUGGUCUCACCUGGAUCUGAUGAACUUCGUACAAGGGACUUCAAUAAUCCUGAUUUUGGUUCUCAAAGUGAAGAGCAUAACCAUUCUUUUGUUGCAUCAGGCAUCAACUCAAAUAGGCAUGACAUUUUUUCCUCUGCCUCCAUCAAUUCUGGAGGAGAUGCGGUUGAAAUGAUGACUAGCUUUGGGAAGGCGCUGUUUGAUUUUGGCCGUGGAGUUGUUGAAGAUAUAAGUCGGGCAGGAGGUUCGUCAUCUCUGAGCGGAGGUAGCAGUUAUGGAUCAUUUAGAAGCGAGGACCAGAUACUGGUUCAUUUGUCUUCUGAAAUCAAAGGUUUACCGUGUCCAACGGCAAAUAAUAGUCUCAUUAAGUUGGGAUUUUCUGAAGCUUGGGUUGGGAAAAGAGAGGAGCAACGCCUGCUUACUUCUUUAGCAGGGAAGUUCAUUCAUCCAGAAGUGCUGGAGAGGCCAGUCCUGCAACAAAUCUUCUCUCAGUGCUCUAUCAAAUCAGUCUUAAAACUGGAAGUUUUCUCUCUUCGAUUGCUUGCGCGCCAUAUGAGAUAUGUUUUUCCUGAAAACUGGACAAGUGAUGUAAUUGACUCAAAAAGUGUUCCCUGGUUUUCGUGGAAGGAGUCUACAAGUUCUGGUGGAAACGCAGAUCCUUCUCCUGAGUGGAUUAGACUUUUUUGGAUGAUCUUUGGUAGCUCAUCGGAAGAUAUCUCUCUGUUUUCCGAUUGGCCACUUGUUCCUGCCUUUCUUGGUCGCCCAAUCUUAUGCCGUGUGCGAGAGCGUCAUCUUGUUUUUGUUCCACCCCAAAUUAGGCAUUUGGAUUCUUUUAGUGCUAAUUCUGCUGUAGGUCCAUCUGAAGUUGGUCAACCUGAAUUUUCUUCCGAGUCUUGUGAGGUUCAAUCGUACUUGUUGUCAUUUAAAUUUAUAAAGGAAAAGUACCCUUGGUUAUUUUCAGUUCUUAAUCAAUACAAUAUUCCAAUCUUUGAUGUUAAUUACAUGGAUUGUGCUCUUCCAACCAAGUGUUUACCAGCAGAUGGGCAGUCACUAGGGCAAAUCGUAGCAUGCAAACUCGUGGCAGCCAAACGAGCUGGAUAUUUUCCUCAUCUCCCUUCUUUUCAGUCUUCUGAUCGGGAUGGGCUCCUCAGUUUAUUUGCUGGUGAUUUCUCGUCCGCUAACAGUUAUGGAACCGAAGAGCUAGAAGUUCUGCAUGAUCUUCCUAUUUAUAGAACAGCUCCUGGGACAUAUACCACACUAAGAACCCAGGAUCUGUGCAUGAUAUCCUCAAACACGUUUCUCAAGCCAUCUGAUGAACGGUGUCUGUCACACUCUACAGAUUCUACUGAAGGCUCUUUACUUCGUGCACUUGGAAUCCCUGAAUUCCAUGAUAAGCAGAUUCUUGUAAAAUUUGGAUUGCCUGGAUAUGAACACAAACCUCAGUUUGAGCAGGAGGAUAUAUUGAUUUACCUGUACACAAACUGGAAUGAUCUUCAGUCCGAUUCAUCUGUAAUAGAGGUGCUUAGAAAUACCAAUUUUGUGAAAACAGCUGAUGAACACUAUGAAAUCCUGUGUAAACCCAAAGAUCUACUUGAUCCAGGUGAUGCAAUAUUGACGUCUGUUUUUUCUGGAGAGAGGAAGAAAUUUCCAGGAGAGAGAUUCAUUUCCGAGGGUUGGCUUCAGAUUUUGAGGAAAACGGGUCUCCGAACUUCGGUCGAAGCAGAUGUUAUUCUUGAGUGUGCUAAGAGAGUGGAGUAUCUUGGAGGUGAAUAUAAGAAGCAGGCAGAAGUACACGAUGAUGUUGACUUAUGGAACCCACAAAAUGAGGUGUCUUUUGAGAUUUGGCUGUUGGCUGAAACUCUGCUCAAAACAGUCUUUUCUAACUUCGCGAUACUAUAUGGAAGCAACUUCUGCAAUCUCCUAGGCGAGAUUGCUUGUGUUCCAGCUGAAAGGGGAUUUCCAAAUAUUGGUGGUAGAAGAAAUGGGAGUAGAGUUCUCUGUUCAUAUUCUGAAGCUAUAGUGAUGAAAGAUUGGUCUCUUGCUUGGAGUUCAGCACCUAUUCUUUCUGUGCCGAGUGUCAUCCCUCCAGAAUAUGCCUGGGGGCCACUACAUUUGUCAAGUCCUCCGGCAUUUUCUACUGUGCUUAAGCACCUUCAGUCUAUUGGAAGAAAUGGUGGUGAGGAUACUCUUGCUCAUUGGCCUGCUGCGUCAGGUAUACAAACAAUUGACGAAACUUCCCUUGAGGUUUUGAAGCAUCUGGAUAAGAUCUGGCCCACCCUCUCUUCUUCGGGUAAUCCAGUUCUCACUGUGUAUUCCGGUGGAGGUGGAGAUAGAGGUGGAGGUGGAGGUGGAGGUGGAGGUGGAGGUGGGGGGUUCGAAUCAUUGAGUUUGAACAAGUGA